UCAUAAUGUGAUGUUGAGUGUGAAGUUGCUGUGUGUGCUGUGGUGGAUGUGGGAGCCCCACCUCCUCCCACGCUCCGAUGAGUAGAGAGAGGCGGCAGAGAGAGACGGCAGGAGAAGAGAGCUGGGGAGCAACUAACAUACCCACAGUAUCUCAUCACUUGCUCUCUGGAAAUACUUCGGAUGGGCUCCUUCUAGUAGCUGCAAAAAAAAAAAAAAAAAAAAAAAAAAAAAAACGUUGCAGAAAUGCAAUUCCUGCCGCUGCCGUUCAGACAUCCUGUGCGUCCUUAAGAGUGCGUGUUGAGCUCCGGAGAAACUUGGACCAAACGGAAUGUGCGUAUUUUGGCAGGGAUCAUGUUUUUAUUUUCUUCUUCUUCUUCUUUUCCUACAUUUAUUUUGAGGACUGAAGAUGGCCAUACGGAGUGAGAAUCUUCAUUUAGGUUUGUUUUGAAAGAGAGAAAAAAAGACAGCCACAGCUCUCAGACGAACUGCUGCACUUUAACUUCCCCACUGUCCGUUCUGCGAGAUCCAUCAGACGACGGACUGGGCGCAGGAUCGCCUCAAUUUGAUGAAGAAAGUUCUGAUUUGCAGCUCGGUGGAUUUUUUUAAAAGUGAUUCCUUGACGGAGGUUUGAGGGUUGGAGACCUGCCUCUGUGGACAUACAGGCUGCCAACGAGCUGCCACAAACGCUUACGCACAAGUCUCUGGCUCAGGCAGAUCUUCUGAUGACCUAAUGGAACUGAAUUUACGAGUAGUACUGUUUUGGGUCGUGGUGCUGCACGGUGGCUCCGUCGAUGGCAGUAUCCUCUACCGAGUCCAGGAGGAGCAGCCCCCCAACACUCUCAUAGGCAGUCUGGCAGCGGACCAGGGGCUGCCAGAUUCAGGUCACCUCUACAAGCUUGAGGUGGGCGCCCCUUAUCUCCGAGUUGAUGGGAAGACAGGAGACAUUUUCACUACAGAGAUUCCAAUAGACAGAGAGGCCCUCCGGGACUGCCGGUCCCUGGCCAAGGGCAAGCCGUGCUACUUGGAAUUUGAAGUAUCGGUAACAGACCUGAUACAAAACCAGAGCCCACGACUUAUUGAAGGACGUAUUGAAGUACAGGACAUCAAUGACAACACCCCGCAAUUUCCCUCUUCUGUGCUCACCAUCUCGGUACCUGAGAACACAAUCAUGGGGGCAUUAUUCUCCAUACCUCUAGCCACUGACAGGGACUCUGAGAGGAAUGGAGUGGCUGACUAUGCUCUGACUGCGGGUCCAGAUGCAGCAACUCUAUUUGGUUUACAAGUGGCGGAGGACAGGGGAGGGAAACUCCCACAGCUCAUCGUCCUCGGUAAUUUGGACCGCGAGUUAAAGGAUUCUUAUGACCUCACCAUAAAGGCGGUGGAUGGAGGGAACCCUCAACGCUACAGCAGUGCUCUGCUCAGAGUGGUUGUUACCGACGCCAACGAUAACGCCCCUAAGUUUGAAAAGACUUCAUAUGACGCAGAAGUUUUAGAAAACAGUCCAGUCGGGCACUCCGUGUUACAGGUCAAAGCAAAUGAUUCUGACAUGGGCCCUAAUGGAGAAAUUGAGUACACCAUUCACCAAGCUGUGGACCCAGUACCAAGACUCUUACGAAUUGAUCGGUCUACUGGCAUUAUCUAUGUGAAGGGACCACUGGACAGGGAGGAAAUCAGCAGCUUGUCUUUCUAUGUGGUGGCAAGGGAUAAGGGUCCUCAACCUAAGAGCUCUAAGACGUUUGUAACGAUUGAAGUGACUGAUCAAAAUGACAAUGCUCCUGCUGUGGAGAUUCGUGGAAUUGGCCUGGUGACUCACAGUGACGGAGUGGCCAAUAUUUCGGAGGACAUGCCAGUGGGGACAGCUGUUGCUUUAGUGCAAGUGUCUGACAAGGAUGAAGGAGAGAACGCGGUCGUCACAUGCGUGGUAGCGGGAGAUGUGCCCUUUCAGCUUCGCCCUGCCAGCGACUCUCCCACUGAUAACAAAAGAAAAUAUUUUCUUCAGACAACCACACCUCUUGACUUUGAAAGAGUCAGGGACUACAGAGUAGAAAUUGUCGCAGUGGACUCUGGAAACCCAGCACUGUCCAGUACAAACUCCCUAAAAGUUCAGGUGACUGAUGUGAAUGACAACUCUCCAAUAUUUUCCCCAACACUGUUUGAAGUUGACUUUGCUGAAGAAAACCAACCCGGGGAGAGGAUUUUGGAUGUCACUGCUACAGAUGCUGACAGUGGCACUAAUGCCCAACUCCUGUACGAUAUUGUUGCAGAUUCAACCAUCAAAGGUUUGUUUGAGAUUGACCCAAACUCAGGUGAAGUAAGAGCUCGAAGCCCGCUGGAUCGUGAACAUAAAGAGCGGUAUGAGUUUCGGGUCACAGCUGCAGACAGAGGUUCACCUGUCCAUAAAGGAACAGCAACAGUUGUGGUAAAAGUUCUUGACCGCAAUGACAAUGAACCAAAGUUCAUGCUUAGUGGGUACAGCUUUUCAGUACUGGAGAACAUGCCUCCCCUAAGUCCUGUGGGUAUGGUAACAGUUCAAGAUAUGGACAAAGGUGAGAAUGCCCGAGUUCACCUCUCCGUAGAACCCGAUGGAGGGAAGUUUGUAGUUCAGAAUGGAACAGGUACAAUUCUCUCAAGUAUCUCUUUUGACAGAGAAAAAGAAAGCAGCUAUACUUUCCGUCUAAAGGCAGUGGAUGGGGGAGAACCACCCAAGUCCUCCUAUGUUGGUGUCACUAUCAAUGUACUCGACGAAAAUGACAAUGACCCUGUCAUCACUAAACCCUCCAACUCUUCCUUCAGGCGCUUAUCACCUCUCGCAUCUCCAGACAGCCAUGUUGAGGUGGUGGAGGCUGAAGACCUGGACAGUGGACCCAAUGCAGAGUUAAUCUUUAAUAUUGCUGGAGGAAAUCCUUACCAAUUAUUCCGCAUAUCCCCCACUACUGGAGAGAUCACUCUGGCAAAAGAGAUGACCCGCAAACAUGGGGGGCUGCAUCGUUUAGUAGUACGGGUGAGUGACAGGGGAAAGCCUCCACGUCAUGCGACUGCCCUGGUUCACAUCUAUGUCAAUGAAACAAUUUCAAAUGUCAGCUUAGUGGAAGCCUUAGUUGGACACAGUCUUUACACUCCACUAGACAGGGACAUUGCCGGUGAUCCUGACAGUGGUUUCGCUGCCCAUCGCAGUAAUAUUUUGUUUGGUAGCCUUGCCGGUGUGGCGGGAGUUGUGAUGUUGAUCUUGGUGGUGGUGUUUAUUCGCCACCGCAUCCAGAGAGAAACAAAGAGUGGCUAUCAAGCGGGUAAAAAAGAAACAAAAGACCUAUAUGCUCCCAAGCAAGCACCAAAAAACCCCAAAGGCAAACGAGGGCGAAAAGGCAAGCCACAGAAGUCCCCAAAGCCACUUGGGGAAGAUGAGGAGGUCAGCCUACAAAAGAGCCUAAAGUUUAAUCUUGAUGGAGUAAACGACAGUCCCCGCAUACACCUGCCCUUAACAUAUUCCCCGGGAAGCCCCGACAUCGGUAGGCAUUACCGGUCCAACUCUCCCUUACCUUCUAUCCAACUGCAAGCCCAAUCCCCCUCAGCUUCUCAGAAGCACCAGGCUGUGCAGGACCUCCCUGCAGCCAACACCUUCGUUGGAACGGGAGGAGAUGACAACUCCACCGGCUCAGACCAGUACUCAGAUUACAGCUACAAGACCAGCCAACCCAAGUAUAACAACAAACAGAUGACACAGGCUUUCAAGAUGCUUCCCACGUCGCAGUGUCACAGGUACAAAACAGUUUGACACUCUCUGAGGCUUUGGAGAUAAUGUUUGCCACAUGAAAAAAAAAAAAAGAAUAACAAGAAAAAGAAAAUUAGCAAAAAUAGAAGGCGAAGACGCGACACUGAGUUCUGAACAUGUGCAUGUGACACGUUUUCUGUGGAGACAUCUUCAGUGCCAGCCUCACAGUUGACUGGGUGGUGGUUCCAGCAGAUGCUUGCUGACAGUUUAGGUGAUCACAAGCCUUUUGGUGGGUGGAGUCAGUUUGGAGAAGAGUCACCACUGUCUGCUUGACGGACAGCACAAGGGACCAAAAUGACUGCAAGCCACAGGGUGUGUCUGGUUUUUUUUGUGUGUAGUGCCAAUCUCAAUGGCUUGUGUGUGUCGGCUUGCUGCUUAGUUGGAGCAGCGCUAAUUGUGGCUGCGGCACAGCUGUAAGCUCUCAGCUCUUGACAGUGCUGCGUAUGAAGUUUUUCAACUUCAUAAAUACAAACACGGAUGAGGAAUGGCUCAAGUGAUUGACAGUCGGUGCAAAAAAAGAAAAAAAAAACAGGCAGAUGCUGGAGCUCAUGUGACAUACCUCAGCAGAUGUUGUCUCGUGUAUGGCGUACCCUCUCACAUCAGGAAGAACAGAUUGACCAAAAUAUAUAAUUAAAGUCGCUGCCAAGUGAUGUGACAGAUGUAGAGUCGUGCCCUUGCGUUAAUUAACUGUGCUGCUCUCAACAAUGGCUUUUCAUUUGAAAUGUGAUCAGGCAUCUGGGUUUGAGGCACAGUUCAUUUCUUGACAUUAUGUCUAAAAAUUACUGCUUGUUUGCUCGCAGAUUAUGAACACAAAAGGAUUUGAAUUCAACUUUAUUAGCUCUAAAUCCAUUUGAAGCUGAAAAUCCUUUCAUUCUUCCUCUAAAGCUCAGAGUACAGUUUCAUAGUUGCAUUUGUAUUUAGAUACCAGGUUUAUAAAAGCUGUGACAUGGACAUUUGUGCACGUUAUCUUUAUUUGCAUGUGAUUGAAUAUUGAGCAUUUUUUAAAGUUGGUAACAAUUAAUCUUCACGGAUUUUAUUGGAGUUCUAGCUUAAGUGGGAUGUCAAGCAGAGUAUAUUAAAAAUGAUGGAUAGUGUAAUAGUCCAUUUUUGCUCAAUUCAUCUUACUUUCUACUGUUGACCAAUGAUCUUGGUGUGUUUAUUUUUGACACUCUUGAUUUAACAAUGAAGAUCUUAUUCCAGUUUCGGAACUAAGGCACACACAGAAAAAGAAAAAUUCAAAUAGGGUAAGCAGAUGAGGGUUGUUGCUUAAUUUAGUGCAUAACAGUGCAAAACUAAAAAUCAUAGUAGUAAAUCUGCCACUUUUGUAGAUGCUCUAAAUUAGGUAUCUGUUCCCAGUGAGAUUUUCUAUGUCUUUGCAUUUCUGUCACACUUAAAUAUUUUAGAUCAAACAAAAUUUUAAUAUUCAACAAUAAUAAUUUCCAUAAAUACAAAAUGCAGUGUUUAAAUAUUGAUUCAAUCAGUUAAAUUCGGUGUGUACAACAGGCAUGUACACAGCAGGUUCUGUAUUGUAUGAGCAAAACUGGAGCAAGAAGCGACUUGUCAUAAUCUGUCAGGUCUGAUCAUUAAGGUGUUAGCCUUUAGUCUGUUAUAGGUUUAAAAUGACAGGGUGAGGGUGGGGGGAUUUGAAAACAUGUGCAUAACAGCCAAACCUACACUUACGCUUGGAAAAACAUGUACACAGACUUCUUGCCUUGAAUGGGAAAUGUCAAAGCUCUUUUCACAAUAAAAGCAACAUGCUUAAUAAACAUGUUUAUUUGAAAGAAUAUUUUUACAACAAUCGUCAUAGACUAUACUUUUUCUGUAAGAUCACUGCACUAUUUGGCAAGACAGUAUAGCUAUAUUUUUUUCAUCAGACUGAUAUAUCUUUCUAAUUAUUGAUAUCAUGUUUCUGGCUUAUUAAGCAACUGAUUUAAUGAACUUUAUCAGUUGUUUAUAAUGGUUUACUUAAUGUGUGAACGAGGUCCCAUGUAUAACAGUAAUAUUGUCCAUCUGUCACGAUAAUGAGAUAUUUUAAAGUGAAAACAUGCAUACCAUAAUGCAUUCUGACUAAUAUGUGGUGGCUAUAUAAACAAUAGGCUGCAGGUAGUUUAUAUGAAUACCUAAAAAAAAAAAAAAAUCCACACUUAAAUGUGCAGUCUUCCUUUUACAAAGCAAAAUAUACUACAGUUGUUUUUUGUAUUAUUAUUCUUUUUAUUUUCCCCAGAGGAUUUUCUAAAUUUUAAGAGCUGCAUCUCCCCUUUGAAUACUGGCUCAGAGGAAAGCCCGAGGCUGAAUAUUUAAAUACUUUAUAGCCAAGAAAGGCUUGCUGAGGGUGCCAAAGCCCCAACAGAUGUGUUAGAUGUCCUAAUUAGAUCACAGUACUAUCAAAGCAUGUGCCAGCUAUAUGUGCAAAGGAAAGGCUUUGUUUUCUUUCCGAGCACUAGGAAGUAGUACUGCCAUAAAUGUUGAACCAUUUGAUCUUGUCAGACUCUAUGGAGAACUUUUCCACCAUCUAAUUGCUUUAGACUAACCCACUUAAACAAAGAUUUCUUGAAAUGUGUUUUCUGGAGUAUAGCAUAGUGUUAUACAAAAGUCAUACUUCCCUCUAAAUGAGACUGCAGGGUGCAGUAUGCCUACAGCCUUAAGGUAAAACAAAUGGCGUAAAUCAUUUUCUUUGGAUUAUUUGUUUCAAUAAAUACAUUAUCAGGCAAAUAAACAAACUUCAUGGAAGUAGGAAAUAGAAUAUAAAACUAGACUAGACCUCUUUUUAUUUAUUUUUUUUUUACCAUAGCUGUAAUCAAUGGCUUUCAUGCACUGUAUAUGUCUGGAACCAAUGCAAUUCAGCACCAUGGACAGCUCAUUUUCUGCCUACUGAGCUAAAGCCUCUUUGCAAAUGGAGCAUAAUAAAACAUAUUACUACAAAUACCUGUGUGGGUGACAUUUUUCAAACCAUUGAAAAGUUAGAAUACUAUUAAGAAAUAUACAUUUAAACUACUACACAUGCUUUGGUGAAAAGAAUCAAAGUUGAAAACCCACAAUCGCUUAGAAAAUCAUAAAAAAAAAAUUAAAAAAAAGAAGACUGGUCUCAUUUAGAAUAAUGGUGUAGCUUUCCUAAAUCUCAGCAGAGGCCCUUACGGUUGCUUUCAUAUUUGCCUGCACCUGUUUGGGUAAUAUUGUAAUUAAAGCCGGGACACUGGGAAUUUUCCUUGCGGUCUUGGCAAGUUGAACCGCUCUCAGGUGUGUGUCACAAUUUUGUUAUUGAGCCUGGGCAGACAUUCACAUCUCAGAAAAUGUUGAUUUCAAAGGAAUAAUUAUGUUGGGAAAUAUCCUGCGCCGGAUAAAUGUAUAACACGUGGCAAUUUGUGUUCUGUGUAGCUAAUCAAAGUUGACUCAGGAAGGUAAUAUUUACCCCUUUAUUACCAUGAUUGAAAAAUUACCUUGCGUUAUAUCCAGAUAUUGCUUCAUUUGCAUAAAUAAAUCAUCACUCAUGACUAAAUGUUUACCUAUCACUGGGUAAAAGGUAGUUGCUUAAAAUUUUAAACUCAUAAGCUGCUACUUUAGGCAGUUGCAAGUGACAACUUGUGUUAAUUGAUGUAACUCUACUUCCAAAUGUGAGAAUGAUUUGGAGCAAUCUAUUUUACUUAAAAUGAAAAUUAAAGCUACACAAAAGCAAAAACAUAUGAAAAUGUUGUGCUUACAGUCUCUGAACUGAUGAGCAUUAGCGAAAAUGUGAAAGUAGCUAUGUAACUAUGGCACAUUAUUGUACAUUGUUUACAAUAAGCAAGCAAUGGCAGCCUAUGACAUGUAGCUUUUCAGUUUGUGGAGCAUCAAAAUCUCUCCAACAUUUUUUACUAAAGCAUUACUUCAAUUCAAAGACGUCCUUAUAUGAGCGAAAACAUGCUGGAGUAAGCUGUUUCAUAAAUAACGUUAGUAAACUACAAGGUGUAUGUCUGCAUAGAACUGACUGCAGGCUUUCAACAAAGCUCAAUUUACUUGCAUCAGAAUGCAUGUUUUAUGUUGCCUGUUAAAAUUAAUCUGGAUAAUGGAACACAAAUCAAAUUCUGUUAAACAGCUUUUUAUGUUUGGUUUUGACACAUUGACUGAAGUUGUUAAAGCUUUUGAGUUUUCGGAAAAUAUUGCUAAUAUAUCAUGUUACUGCACAGAUUUCCCUGAAAUAGCAAUAAAACUGCACAUAUUAGCUCUUGUUUUGUCUCUCCCUUUCUCUCUCUAUAAAAUGUAAUUUUUGUACCACUUAAAAAAUCUAAAUAAGUUUAAAUGUCACCAAGUCCUUGAAAACAAAUAUCACAAUUAGCAUAAUGUUUGUAAUUCUUUGUUUAACUGACAGUAUUUAGUGUCCCCUUGCGUCUAACAGUGAUAGUAGUUUAAAAAUAGAGCACCAUCAUAAUUCAUAACAUGUAGAAAUCAUAGUGCAUACUGCAUAGCGAUAUCGGCACAAGAAAAAGGGUUUUAGAAAUGUGCAUUGUGCUUGUUUACCCCUCAUCACCUUUGAAUGUGUGAUAUUGCAUGACGGUUGCUCAAGAAACCGGUGACUCUAGCCAUUAGAGCUGAUAAUUAGCCCUUUUGGGUCCGAGAGCUGACACCUUUUAUUUCACACCACACUUAAUGAGAAUUCUGCAUUUGAACAAAAGUGUGAAGCGCCAAAGUUCGUGCGUUGCACAGCAAUCACGUCUCUGUGAAAAUGUGCGAUGAAGUCUCUCAAAAUACACACACACUAACAGACACACAAUUGAAAAUGUUUUAUUCAUCCACAAUGAAUAAGUGUGGUCUUCCUUGGGGCUAUUCGUUCAUUUCUAUUCCUGUUUGCAGUUACCUUAAGCCAGUGCAGUGGGUUCUUUGAGCCAGGAAUUGGGCAGAAUGAGUCAGUGUGAGUCUUAAUUAACCUGCUUCUUUGUUAAGCAGGGCCCACACUUUGUGAACUUUAGGCAUCCCUUUGAGCUGGGAUUAGCCCAAUUUACUUCAAUGCAGCUGUUUGAAGUCAGCAGAGGUGCAUUUCAGACAAAGCCAGAGGCAAAAUUUGCACUUGUUCUACAAGAAUGUGACAUUAUUCACUCUAACUUGCACUCAAGACCAGCGGAACCCAAAAAGUCAUUGACGAUAUGUCAUCCACAUUCGCAGGUAAGCACAGAGGGCAGCCGACUUAUUCGCCCGAUCUUUCCCUAUCUCUGUUUCCACUCUGCCUUCCGGUAUUUUUUCCUCAGAUGAGAGACACACACACACACACACACACCCACACACACCCACAUGCACGCACAUGCAUAUGCAUGCAGACACUCGCACAUUCACAGUUCUUUGCACUGCACAUAUUUGCCCGAGCUGAUUACCCAGAAAAGGGGAAGCUGGAAUGAAAGUGAGGUAAUGCUGGAGUAAUUUACCCUGUCUGUGUUGUAUGUUUUGCUUUCUGGUGGCAAAGAGUGAUUCAGUGCAUUGCACUGGCACUACAUUAGACUGAAAAAUAGCUCUGCAUUGUUUUAGCCUCCAAUACUGCUGCCAUUUCACAUCUUUACAUUGUUUCCAAAUGCUUACGUGCACACUAAGCAUUUUAGAUUACCAAGUGCGCUCCAUUCCAAGGGUCAAUAUGUAGGUGUGUAUUAUAUAUUAUUUAUAUGGCUAAUUGUGUAUUUCAAUUAUUUACUUAUUAUUUAGACAAUGCUGAGGUUGGUAACUGCAGGCCCAUCUCAAACCUCUCAUACCACAGCUUAAUACUCUGUCCUUUUCCGCUGCCAUAUAUUCCUUCUAGCAGGUGAAAUAAAGAAGCAUGACAUAUUUCAUAUGUACGCAGAUGAUAUGCAGUUGUAUUUAAUCUAUCUUUGCACAAAUGUAUAGAUGAUAGAAAUAGGUGUAUUUGUCAUAAUUUGUCAUAAUAAUUACACAAAGAAUGCACAAAUUCUUUUUUUUCCUGAAAACGAGUUGCUGUAGACGAACACAGUGGCAUACUCAGAGUUACUUUCAUUAGAAGAAAUAUAAUGUUAGGGCUUAGAUUUAACUACCACAUCAGAAAUCAAUGCAGGGUGGAAUUUUAUCACCGGCAGUACAUCACCAAGGUUCUGAGCAUACAUUGUCAAAGUAAUCAGUACUCAUGAUUAUUGCAAUCAUAUAAAUUGAAUCCAUAUAUAUAUUUUUUUUGCUUCCACAUUCUAGCUUACAUCUAAUUUGUAUGUAAGGCACUCAUUUGCCCCUGGGUGGUGUCAGUUGAUCUAGUGCUUUGCACGUUGCUUAAGUCUGUAAAUAUUUUUAAAUUACUUUUUUUUUUUUUUAUCUGAGAAACAAUACUCUGCAGUGUAUAUACUCUAAAAGUGUAUGAAUAUGACUGCACAUUUAAAAUACUUUCAUAUAUGAGGCAGGAGAGACAUACCUUGUACUCACAAUCACUUGUUUGUGACAUUGAAGUGGAUUCUGGAAUGCUGCCUUACGAGCAGUAGAUGUGCUUUUCUUUGAUCCAGCCUGCAGGGCACGACUAGAUCAAACAUAGUCCCAAAGAUGGCAUGAGUAAAUUUCAAAGAGAAACCCCUUCAUAGAUCUGAGUCAAUGUUUCUUUUUUUUUGUUUUUUUUGUUUUUUCUUUUACUUGGAAUCUACUACUGAAGAAAGCACAUAACAUGAAGGUUUAAAAUAAUGUACACAAGAGACGCGUUUGCCUUUUGGCGUCUCUUACAUCAUCUUGCUUUCCUCCCACGAGCUUCCAUAAAUACCAGAUUCCACUUGCUCCUUUAGUAACGUCCAAAUCACACUUUAGGCUCGCAGGUAACUGUCACUUGAAGCUUGGGUUAAAAUGUGUUGGAAUAAUUCCAGUCUUCCAAUCCUCAAAAAAAAAAAAAAAAGACGAAAAAAAAAAAAGAAAGACGUGGUGAGGUGGGGGGGGCUUCAGGAAUACAGCAAAGACAAGAGCUACAGACAGGCCACCUGGCAAAAAAAAAAAAAAAAUAAUAAAAAAAAAAGUGGCAGUUAGGAGAGAUGCUGACACAUAGAUAACAGGUGCAUCAGCCAAAGAGAUGCUGGGCAGGCACUGUCACAGACAAAUAUAUAACAAGAGGACUGGCCUGCAGAAAAGCAAAGAAGCCUGGCAGUGAGCUGCCCUCCACAAAAGCUUGGACUAAUUGAUGAUGAGGAUCGGCCCGGCAGACAGGUGAUAGGGUUAGGUGAGAUGCAGUGAGGGGCAGACAUUGGCAAGAGGGGGAGUGACAAACAGCAGGCAAAUGGAAGAGAGAGGGAAAAAAAAUGGACUGUGUGGAGAUGAAUAGGACAGAAAAGCCUUGCUUCAGUGGAUUUUAUUCCUGUUUAAUGCCUUGCAAGAGUACUGAUACACUGUAAACUCUUUCACAUUGUACAGGCACAAAUUUAAAUUUGUGUCUGUGGGGUUUAAAUGAUUAAACUUACAGAUACUCGUGUGUUUUGGUGAACUGAAAGAAAAGGAACAGCUUGUUAAUAAGGGUGGAUAUAAUCAUAUAUGGUGAAUAAAAACAAAAAUGUAUUAGUGUUCUAUUCACGUCAGCCCUCUUUACGCUGAGUUCCCAAAAGUUGGAUUUCCAGUAUCCAGUGUCUAAAAUCCAACAACAUUUCUCAGUUCAUCGUUUGAAAAUGGAGGCAGUCUGACUCAACUGCCAAUAAUUUUUUGUUUUCCUUUAAAUAAGACCUUUCCUGUCACCUAAGAAGUAGCAAGAAGCUAGCUGAGAUCACAGCUGUUCAUCAUGAACUAUACAGAUCUACCUCAUAUGAAAAAGUGGUCUGAUGAAAGCCAUAGUUGUAACAAAUUCAUAGAAUUCAUUUAAGGGCAUGUAUGACACACAGCAAACAUGCAAGAAGGUGCUCCGCUCCGGUCAGAUUAUGUCAAAACUGAAUAUUUUGGCAGACGCACAAAGAUAAUAAUAAUCCACAACCGUUUUCGUUCCACUCGCUCAUUGCAAGACAUCUCAAUAAAACACGUUGAAGUUUGUUUUUGUAACGUGACAAAAAAAUGAAAAGCUAAGAAGUACAAACACUGCAUAAAUCUGCGUGUGAAGCUGAGGAGUUGAUUGAAGACUCGAAUAUGUAGAUGCAUUUGGGAGUCAAAUACAGUGUAAUUUUGACAAGAUCUUGGCAACAAGUAUUCUCUAGACAACCAGAGAAAGAAAUAGAUAACAAUGCAAAUUGUCAGUGCAACAAUGGGCUUAGUGUCAGUCACCAGUCAUGUUCUGGAUAACAGAAAAUGCUAAAUGUAACUCAAUGCAGCACUGAGCUGCUCAGGUCUUGUGGGUUGUUAGUGUUUGAGCUGCUCCCUUGCUGCUGUCUCACUUUGUUUCCCAUUAAAAAGAAGAAAAAAAGUGAAUCCAACAACCCCAGAGCUCUUUCAUUAUUUUGUGCCAGAGCCUUGCAUUUAAACAUUGUAUGCUUUUAAUUUUGUUUUGUUUAGGAUGGGUGAACACAAAAACUCAACUGGCAACUUUCCCCGGCAGACAGUAAUUACAUUAAGGCAUCCCCGAAACAUUCUUCAUGCAUCCUAAAACUGAUUUGCGGAUAUUUAACAGCGGGGGGAAAAAAAAUAAAAUAACAUCCUCUCUUUGUUUAUUUGUCAAGAAAUUGCACAAGUGAUAAGAAAAACACUUCAUGUUUCCUCAUAACGAGGACAUUUCAGACAGUUCUAAAUGGUUUAAAAGCCAACUCAUACCAAUAAAAGGUUUGUAGAAAGACGGCAAUUAGUAUUUUUUUCAAGCAUUUCAGUGCAGGUGAAUUUUUAUUUAAAAGAAAAUAACAGAAUGGAACAAUCUAAGACAUUCAAAUAUCUUUUAUUCAUAUCUAAACUGAUUUUCAGUUGGUUGUGCUGCAGUAUUUUUCUGUAAUAUUUUGUGCUCCCUGCAUUUAUUUGCUCCUUAAAUGAUGAAGUUUAAAAUGACUUUGCAGUAGUAUAAUCUCACACUGAAAAACCUAGUUUGAAUUCAGUGAGGAAAUAAUUACACAUCAUGCAAACAAUUGUUUUCUUUUUCAAGAUUACUCCUAGAUUUAUUUAUAUUUCAUCAGUUUGUAGUAUAUAGAGAGGUGAAUGUUUCCUCUUACCGUAAUGAAAUCAGUCAUCCAGAGUCUUGGAUUCUCUGUUUUGCUUUCUUCUCUUUAGCUCACCGAAGUUAAAGAGGUUUUCUACAAUAUUUAGGGUCAUUGAACUGAGAUGGCUAUGGAAAAAUGUUGAUUUUUCUCAGGAGAUUCUUCUUAAUAAUUAGUGUGGAUACAUUUUCAAUUUUUUGGCAAAUACUGCUAUAGUUUUUCCUUAAAAUGUACAGGUAUUUUAAAUAGUUCAUGGCACCAUGCAUUUCCUGGGCUUCAGCUAGACAAGCAGCCAAACAGCAUUACAUAUUUUCAACACUGGAAAUGAUGUUCCACACUAAGUGCAAAUAAUAAAAAAAAAUGGAUGUAACAUUCUCUCUUUGUAUUUAGUGACUCUAUAGCUGGACAAGUUGCAGUCUCUUUUCUGGCUUACAAAGAUAAACUCUUUUUGUAUAUUCUCUUAUCUGACCAGUGACCAGUGAAAUUGGAUAUUUAUGAAACUCUUAUUUACACAUUAAAAAGUUGUGGUUUACUAAUUAAGCAUGUCUUAAUGA